AAAACUGCUUGUUCUGAGACUCACAAAAAGCAUUAGAAUCCUCUCCAUGAAUUCCCAACAAGAGUGACCGUCCUCCCCCACCACCCCACCCCUGUAGCCAAACCUACACCCUACAGACUUCUCCACGGGAUGACCGAUCGUCAAGCAGUCUUAGUUUUACACGGGAGGAAACACACGGGGCACGGCCGCCGUACGGGAGUCAAAUUCCAACUCCGAGCUUAACGCGGCGAUCUGCAAACGGACCUCAGGAACGGGAGAGAAACUUCGUCGCGGAGGUUCACGGACACGUUUUUAGACUUAUUUUGCGUUUCGCGCAAGUAUUGUGAGGGCUGUGUUUUUUUUCAGGUUUCGGCAAUCUAUGAACUUUGAUUUGGAAUGAGAAUUCGUCAGUGGUUUAUUCUUCAAUGUGCUGAUCAACUUUGUGGAACAGCGUGUGAUGGAAAACGCAGGCAAGAUUGUGACCUGCUGACCGUGAGAGCGUCAAUCGAGGACCCAUCUGAGGGUUCCACCCCAACUACACCCCCAUGCUGGACGUGGCCAUGCCCGAGGACCCAAACGCUGCCACCAUGACAGUCCCCGCCGCCCCCGAGAGAGUUCUUGUGGAGAAGCCCGCUGGAAGCACCAACGACCCUUCCUCCCCCGUCGCCGCGGCGACGCCGUCCACAACCGUGCCGCUCGUCAACGAGAUCCAGCUGACCGCCGCCACCGGGGGGGCGGAGCUUUCCUGCUACCGGUGCACGGUGCCGUUCGGCGUGGUCAUCCUCAUCGCAGGCGUGGUGGUGACGUCAGUGGCCUACAGCUUCAACUCCCACGGUUCUACCAUCUCCUACUUCGGUCUGGUGCUCCUCUCCGCUGGGCUUGUUCUGCUGGCGGCUAGCGUGGUCUGCUGGAAGGCCAGGAUGGAGAGGAAGAAGGAGAGGCGGAGGGAGAGCCAGACCGCCCUGGUGGCUCACAGGAGAAUCCUCUUCGCCUGAGUGGGGGCAAAGAAAAGUUUGCAAAGUUCUGUUGAAACUUGGGGGGGGGAGGGG